AGAUCAGCUGCUCCACAUCACAUCCGUCAAUCAACUGGCAAGGAAAGCAUCUCAAACCACCGACAUUGCCUUUUACCCGUGAUCCCUUGACUGAAGAGGCGAGAAGACACCGAGAUGGAGGCGAAGCCUACUGAUUCCUUUAGUAUGGACGCUGGAGAGCCGGCUGGAGGAGGGCUGGCUGGAAGGCUCUGGUUCCCACGGGGGCUGUCGAGCAGUGUGGCCAAGGAGUGGUUUGAGCGUCGUCGCCUGGCGAUCCGGCCGUGGUCGGGAUUCGUGGACCAGCGCAAGUUCUCCAAGCCGCGUAACUUUGGGGAGCUCUGUCAAAGAGUGGUGCGCAACCUGGACACCUACCAAAGCAACUACACCUUCAUCUUCCUGGGUCUGAUCCUCUACUGCAUUAUCAGCUCUCCCAUGCUGCUGGUUGCCUUGGCAGUCUUUGUAGGUGCCUUCUACAUCAUCCACCUCAAGUCGUUGGAGUCCAAGCUGGUUGUGUUCGGGAGAGAGCUGACAGGAGCGCACCAGAUGGGCCUGGCUGGGGCCGUUUCCCUUCCUGUCUUCUGGUUGGCUGGAGCUGGAACUGCAGUCUUCUGGGUACUGGGAGCAACGCUGGCUGUGAUUGGCUCCCACGCUGCAUUCCAUGAGCUGGAAGGCGCCAACAUAGAGGAGCUGACCAUGGAGCCCGUUUAACCUCUGACCUCUGAUCCAUAACACCCCCUGUCUCAGAACCUGCCUUGCCAUUAUUAUAUACAUAUUCCUCUGACGGACUUUGACUGACAGACACACCUUUUGACCAAUGUGUACGAAUUGACUGUCUCGCUCACGAAGACUGACUGGCAGACCAAUUGAAUGAAACACACAAGUGCACAUACACAUUACUCUGCAUUACUUAUCAAAAAUAAACUGAAAUACUUGUGAUUUACUUAAUGCAAAUGUAAUACUCCUAAAUUGCUUGAUUACGUGCUACACAAAGACGAGCGGACACCGAUUUCUGUUUUUUUUGGUUGCUUUGAUGCAUUCUUGGUUACCUCUACUUGGCUAUGGAUAGUCGUAGGUAUAUAUCAAGGGUAUAUUCCAUGUUCGUUGUGACGUUUUUAUUCAAUUUUGUGUAACAAAUCUAAUAUUCAAAUUAACUUUGAAAGUAGUUCGUUUAGCUACCACAUGUGUCAGAAACUUGUUUUGCUGUACUAAAACUUCUUCGCUGUACUAAAACAUAAAAUGAAAGCCAAAUUUGCAGAAAACGAUGUGGCCACACUGUAAUGCAUUCUAUUACAAUAUAUGUGUAAAUAUCGCCCUCUAUUGAGUUAUCUGAGUAACAACAACUGAGACUAUAACAAAUCUGCAUUUCUUUAUUUGUGGUCCAAGUGGUUGCUGUUUAAUGAACCAGUUACAGAAAUCUGCAACCGUGCAGCAUUUUUUUCAGCCAAAAUUUUAAAGUACAAUGCGAAUGUAGUAUUUACUCUUAUUUGUAUUACAUUUAUCAGAAGUAUUUCAGGUCACAUUUAGGUCCAAUAUAAUGACAUCUACAUAGUUUCCAAGCGUUUGGAAAGUGAAACAUUGGAUGGCUUGUUCUACAAUGCAUAGUCUUAAAUCUACCCCAGGUACCAUCAACACUGAUUGAACAGUGAAUAUCUUGACUGUUUCUGUGGACUGUUAAUUCCAACAAAGGUCAAACCACCAGCUUGGUGUACUCAGCAUGGCAUUUUUGUCGACUAAAGUUGCCUUUUUUCCAAACAUUUUUACGAUCUGGGCUUUUCUUUGUUUCCGUUUA